AUGAGAAGAUUCUUAUGUGAUGCACCAAAACCGACAAACCCGAUUGAAACACAAUAUAUACAAAAAACAUUUAUUGAAUCAGUUGAAAUACUUUCUAAUUCAUCUAAAUAUGAUGUAUUUAGUCCGAAACAUAGUCCAAAUUUCUUUAAAGUAAAAUCUUUUUAUAUUAAUAAAGGUAAAGCAUUAAAUGAAACGGCUAUAAAUGUUUUGGUAGAUUAUUUGGAUGGAGCUAAAUGCACUACUCUUGCUUCAUUCGAUUUAUAUGGUGGGGAUAUAAAUGAUGUUUAUUAUGAUAAGACUUCAUUUAUACAUCGUAAUGCACUUUAUUGUUUACAAUUGGAAGCUAAUUGGAAAUAUAAAGAACGAGAUGACCAAUGUGUUAAAGAAAUAAAUGAUUUCGGAAAAGAGUUUCAAUCAAAUUUUACUUUUCCUUUUAGUUAUCAAGGUUUCAUUGAUAGAGAAUUAGAUAAUUUGCAAACGUGCCGAACGCCGAACGUAAAAGUCCUCCGUUCCGCUUCGGAUGUCAUAGUACCCGUCAAAGAUCUGCAAGAACGACUUUAUAAUAUAUAUGGUUUUUUUGUGGCUUCAAAAUAA